UCCUCGUCACCGCGUUCGAUGCCCUCUCCCUUUGUCGACUUUCGACUUCUCCUCUUCCGGCCCCCCUCUCCCCUCCUGCCCUUCGCCCUUCACCCGCCACCAUGACCAACACCACUGAGAAGGUCCUGUCUAGCGCCGAGAUCUCGGCUCGUGCCAACCCCUUCGACCUCAAUGGCCCGGUGGAUGCCAAGCUCCGCACCGAUUGGGCUGAUCGCAAGCACGGCGACACCAUCAUCCUCUUCGACGUCGACGGCACCCUGACCGUGCCUCGUCUGCUUGUCAAUGAGGACAUGCUCCAGGUUUUGAAGGACCUUCGUAAGAACUAUGUCAUCGGCUUUGUCGGUGGCUCGGACCUCGUCAAGCAGAAGGAGCAGCUCGGCAGCAACAUCCUCGAGCUGUUUGACUUCGCCUUCCCCGAGAAUGGCCUCACCUCCUACCGCCUUGAGAAGUGCACCGGCGAGCAGAAAUUCCUGGACUACCUCGGUGAGGAGCGCUACCAGGAGCUGGUCAACUUCAUCCUGCGCUACAUCGCCGAUCUGAAGAUCCCCAAGAAGCGUGGCACUUUCCUCGAGUACCGCAAUGGCAUGAUCAACGUCUCGCCGAUUGGCCGGAACUGCAGCCAGGCCGAGCGCAUCGAAUUCGAGCAGUAUGACCUUGCCCACAAGAUCCGCGAGACCAUGGUCGCCGAGCUGGUCAAGGCCUUCCCCGACUUCAACAUGACCUACUCCAUCGGCGGGCAGAUCUCCUUCGAUGUCUUCCCCACCGGCUGGGACAAGACCUUCUGCCUGCGCCACCUCGCGGGCGAGGGCUUCCGCACGGUCCACUUCUUCGGCGACAAGACCUUCCAGGGCGGCAAUGACUUUGAGAUCUACAACCACCCGUCGGUCAAGGGGCACCACGUCAACUCGCCCACCGACACCAUCUCCAUCCUCAAGGCCGAGUUUGACUUCUAAGCCGAAAAAAAGAAAAGAGCACGCGGACCAUCGCCCGCAGGGGAUAUCUCCCGCGCUCUUUCGCAUCCCAUGUCCACGGCGCGAUCGGAGUCGCUGGUCUGCCCUUAGUUUUCUGUCCCCCCCCCCCC